AUGAAGGUUGGUGAUGGUAAUGGAGAGGGAAAUAAUGAUACCAUAGAUUUGGGCCAUGAUGAUGACAACAAUGGUGAUGGUGAAUACAAAAGAAAAUCCGAUGAAUCAGUUGAAAGAUCAAGUUCGGAAACGGGCUCCUCGGAUGAACUUAUUGCUGACCCUUUUACAUUACUUGAAAUGAGAGACAAAGUCGACAAGCUCCGCAAUGAAACCUUGGAUGAAGAAGCUCAAAAUGACGAUGCACAAUUGGUCUCUACAGAACUACCUUUCAUCGGAAAAGUCCUUUCCGAUGAAGAAAAGGCAAAAUGGCUAUCUUGGCCAUCAACUAUGUCCACAUUCAUCAAUAAAAAGCAUCCUUGA